AUGUCCGCUUCAAAUUUUCAUCGACCUCGAUCACAAACAUCACAUAAUUCCAAUAAUUAUUGUUCAUCGAGAGUAUCUCAUGAACCUAAUUCUCAUUGGAAUUCUCGUUUUCCCCAUGAAGAAAAUGACGAAAUGGAACAAGAAUCUAAUCAAAAGUCAUACUCAACACAUCAAAAAUUCCCUCUUCCUUUACUUGUUCCAGCAUAUCACCAAAAUAUGUUUAUUUCUCAAGAACAAUUUUCUUCUGAGAACAUAGAAAAAUCAAAUGAACGUCAAAGAAAUAAUCGUCCUUCUCAUCAAAUCGAAACUCAUUUAUCAUAUCGAAUGUGGUCAAAUACAGUUUAUCAAGAAUAUUUUCAUCAAUAUCAUCAACAACAUUUUAAAUUUCAUAUUGUUUGUUAUAAUAUUCUGUCACAAGCGUUAUUAGAAGAUCAUCCAUUUUUAUAUGUUAAUUGUUUCAGAAAUAAUUUAAAAUGGUAUCGAAGAAAAGAUCGUUUAUUACGAGAAUUAUUAAGACAAGAUGCUGAUAUUCUUUGUUUACAAGAAAUGGAAAAUUAUCAUUAUGAAAAUGAUUUUCGACCAAAAUUAAUGCAACAUGGAUAUGAUUCUAUUUAUUUAAAACGAGCUGGUGAUAAAUCGGAUGGAUGUGGUAUUUUUUACAAAAUAAAUCGUUUAAGACUUAUUGAAAGUAAAGCUGUGCCAUUUUAUCAAAAACAUAUUCGUAUUUUACCGAGGUAA